UCUCAAUCUAAAAAACAAUACAUAUCCAUAGUUACUUUCUCACCUCUAUUAACGAAUAAUGACCCUUUAAUACGACUGAACCCGGUUUUAAUUCUACAAAUCCUCCCAAAAGAAAUAUCCGCGUGGUCCAGCCCGCGACCCAAAACCCACUCCAAACGGACCAAUACAAUAUCUUAUCGCGCACUUAACUUUUCGACCCAUCCGGAACCUGACCUCUACUCCGUACCUUGCACACAACAUCACCAAACAAUUGCGUCCCCAUAAGCGCAUGAAUACCUUUCCCUACGCUAUCUAGUAAAUCGCACGCUUUUACGCUUAACCAUAACCCUCAUACGCCGAAUCAACAGUCCAAAAUGCCCACAAUGUGGCUCUCGGAUAACCAAAAAAUCGGGGUGAUCUUCUGCUCAGGAGGAGCUCUCUUCCUCUUCGGUGGCGUCCUUCUCUUCUUUGAUCGCUCGCUCCUCGCAAUGGGAAACAUCCUCUUCCUAAUUGGCCUAACGCUCAUAAUCGGCGUCCAAAAAACCCUAGCCUUCUUCAGUCGACGCCAGAAACUGAAAGGCACGGCCGCGUUUGCCGCUGGCAUCCUACUCAUCCUCCUCCGCUGGCCGCUCACGGGCUUCCUAAUCGAACUAUACGGGCUGUUUAUCCUGUUUGGUGAUUUUCUGAUCACAAUUGGGCAGUUUGCAGGCAAUAUUCCGGUUGUGGGGCCGUAUUUGCAGAAGGGGUUGGAAGUUUUGGCAGGGGGAAGGAGUAAUGCUGAAUUACCUGUAUAAGAAGGGGAUUGGUUAUUUUUAUAUAUCUAUUUUUCUUCUCAUGGGGGUGGAGCUAGCGCCGCAGUUUC